AUGACUGCUGCCAUCGACAAGGCGACAAUAAGCACCGCCUACGAGGAAGUUCGUAAUGACAACGAGGAGACAACAUGGAUGUGUGUCGGUGAUCAAGGCGGAACACUGACAGUACUAGAGAAGGGAACAACUUUCAAUGAGAUCUACGCGCUUCUGGACUCAGCAGCCCGAUUGUUCUUCUUCGUAAGACUAACAGUAGGAGACGAGAUGAGCAAACGUGCCAAAUUUGGUCUCAUUACGUGGAUCGGCAACGACUGUAGGCCUAUCCAAAAAGGUCGCGUAGCCUCAGAAAAGUCCAGAAUCAAGGAGUGCAUUCAGAACUUUGCGGUGGAUCUCACCUACAGUGAGGCGGCUGAUCUUACUCAGGAGGCUGUGGAGGAGGCAAUGAGGAGAGCAGGCGGUGCAAAUUAUGGUCGCGGUUAA